GUGGAAUUGUCAAACUACCACCAAUACUUUGCCGGCCGUUCCAGCGCACGCACACAAGAAAAAAAAAAUCGGAAGUUUUUUUUUAAUUUGUGUCAGUGGUCAACAUCUUCUACUAUUCAUCUUAUAUUGACUUGGAAUCCGUAAUAAACAAGGAUGAAGGUCUUACUACUUUGCAUGGCCUUUGCGGCUGUGAGCUUGGCGAUGCCGGUCGCUGAGGAGAAACAAGAUGUGCCCGUAGCACCUCCAUCAGUCCCUGCAGUCAAAUCUGAAGAUGUCAUCAAGCCUGAAAGCGAAAAAGAACCUAUCCCCGUGGAAGAAAAAAAGGCUGACGUUGCACCUGCACCAGAAAUUAAAGCCGCUGAAAAACCAGUAGAACCUGAAGCUAAAAGCGCAGAUAAGCCCAUAGAUGCUACCCCUGAGGUACAACCCGAAGCCAAGGUUGAGGCUGUUCCCGAAGUCAAGAAAGAAAUUAUUCCCGAAAUUAAGGAAUCAGUUCCAGUUAGUACUGAACCUGAACUAAAACCGGAAAUAAGCCAAGCAGUGGAACCUAAACCUGAGGAAAAAAGUGCACAACCCGAAACAAAGACAGCAGCUGUAGAAGAGUCUAAACAGGAAGAAAGCCAAGCCAAGGUUGAAGAGAUCACUGCACCAUUGGCGAAAUCAGCUAUUCCUGAUGUAGUCAUUGACGUAGUCAACGCAGUAAAAAACCCUGCUGCAAUAGCUGAUGAUGUGGUUGACCCUGCUGCUAUCAGUCCUAGUUCUGACCCGCAACCGAUUGUUUCUGGUAAGAACGCUAACCCUGAAGACAAGCAAGUUAAGGCGGCUGCCCCUGAGUCGAGUGCUGUUGAAGUUAGCGAGAAGAAGUUAUCGGUAGAAUCAAAGUCAGAAGAAAAGCCAGCUGAAAUUGCAACAGUUUCAGAUACAUCUGCUGCCGCUAAAACCGCCGCUGUAUCAGAUGACUCUACCCGUGUAAUUCGUGACGCAGUUGAAGAAAAGAAGGAGUCGGAAAAGCCACAAGCCGAAGCUAAAACUGUUGCCGAGGCUAUCAAAGAUGAAGUAAAGCCUGCUGAAGUACAAGUGGAUGCUAAAUCUGCAAAACCUACCGAAGAUGUUCAAGCUCUUAAAGAAAAUGAGCCCGAAUCUCCUAAAGUUGAACAGUCAACUGACGCUGCUAAAGAUGUAAAAUCUAUUGAAAUACCAAAGGACAAAGAAGACAAGGAGGUCGUCCCUCUUGCGCAACCCAUCGAUGCUGUGAAAGAUGUGGCCAAACCUGAGGUUAAAUCAGAAGAAACAAUCAUGAACGACGCUCCAGCAAAAGGAAAGAACAGUUCUGAAGAAAGCGGCGAGAGCUCAGAAAAGAAUGAAAGUGCAGAGAAGGACUCUUCGGAAGAGAGCGGCGAAAAAUCAAAGGAGAACGCUCCUAAGCCUUAGAUAAGUUAUAUUAAGUUCUUAGGCGGUAGGCGUGUGUCGACUUGCGCCCUCGACACGCGCCCUCCGCCCGCGCAGCGCAGUGCGUUUGUGAUCAGCAUCCUCGCGCGACGUGUGGCCCUUGGCCUGGUCAUCACGUCCGCGUGUAUAUCUGACUAUUCAUUAGUACUAGAGACUUAUUUAAAUAGUGGAAACGAAAAAUUACCUACGUUGUAAUUAUUUUCAAGUAAAUUAUCGAAAUCACUGUACUAUAAGUAAUAA